GUUUGGCUUCGUCCCUUCUUCAUCUUCACUUCUCGAUCGCUUACCUUUGCGCAUUGAAGCAACGAUUGCCUUUUCCGUAUCUAUUGGCUUAGCUACAGCAUUCGCUCGAAAGAGAGGGAGUGACAGAAAGAGAGGCAGAUAGAGAGGGGAAUAGUGCUAGACAUAGGCAUCGCAGCAAUGGCGUGCAUAGCGGCUGUGUCGUCUGGACUUGUCGUCAAAGGUGCCUCCCUGGCUUCAGCCAAAAGUGGCGUCUCUGGUGCGUCCGUCACCGUUGCUGCUCCCUGCGUCGGCCCCGUUGCAUCCAGGAGUGUCACCGUGAGAGCCUCUAAGGGUGAAGAGAGUGAGAUCGUGAGUCGUCGAACGGCGCUUGCUUUGGUUGCCGGUGUCGUUGCCGCUGGAGCCAGGAUCGCACCCGCCAAUGCUGCCUACGGUGAAAGUGCCAAUGUGUUCGGUGCUCCCAAGCAAUCCACUGGCUUCAACCCCUACAGCGGCAAUGGAUUCUCUCUGGAGAUUCCGUCUAAGUGGAACCCCAGCAAGGAAAAAGAGUUUCCCGGAACAGUGUUGAGAUAUGAGGACAACUUUGAUUCCACCACUAACUUGUUUGUGUCCAUUACCCCUGCAACCAAGGGAAGCAUCACUGAAUACGGCCCUCCAGAGAAAUUCUUGGAUGAGGUCUCUUACCUUUUCGGAAAGCAAGCUUACAGUGGUAAGACCGCUUCCGAGGGAGGCUUUGAGAACAACGCCGUUGCAACUGCAGCAGUACUUGAAGCUAACUCAAUGGAGGUGAAUGGAAGACCUUACUACAAGCUCAGCGUACUCACACGUACUGCUGAUGGAGACGAAGGAGGCAAGCAUCAGUUGAUCGCCGCUACCGUGAAGGACGGGAACUUGUACUUGUUUAAGGCCCAAGCUGGUGAUAAGAGAUGGUUCAAGGGUGUGAAGAAAUUCGUGGAGGGAUCAUGGAACUCAUUCACCGUGGCUUAGAUUGUAAACCUGACGUCCCAUGUAGCAUGAUCAAAUAUUGUCAAUAUAUUAUUGUAACACUGGAACCCUACCGGAGCGUUGUAAAAACUAUGCAGGGAUUGAUGUGUACAAGAUUUGUAUUCCUCUCUUCCUGCACUAUCGUUUCGGUUCCAUCCCUCAUAACAUGAAGAACGGGUUGUUCAAAACGAGCUUGGAUUCUUCACUGCCGAGCGACGAGAAGAAUUCAUCCUAAUUGCCGAUAUGUUUGUGUGCUCAUACACCCAAUAUUCUAUUACCACAUCCCAGAAGAUUGUGGCAAAUAUUUUUGUUUCUA